AUGACUUGUUACCAUUUCUCCUGCGGGCUGGUAUCUCGUUCUGCCACCACUCAGCAAUGGGCUGAUCUCUCCUGCCGCCUCAAAAUCAAUUAGUCCCUCACAUGCUUGAACCUCACGGCAAAUGAGCUCCUGGGAGGGUGCCGGGUGCUGUCCAUGACUCUGAGACACCCAGCGUGCUUCCUACAGAGGUCGUUGGAAAACUGUCACCUUACAGAAGCCUAUUGCAAGGAUCUGUCUUCUGCUUUGAUUGUCAACCAGAGGCUGACACACCUGUGCUUGGCAAAGAACGCUCUUGGAGAUCGUGGGGUGAAACUUCUGUGUGAGGGCCUGAGUUACCCUGAAUGUCAACUACAAGCCCUGGUGCUAUGGUGUUGCAACAUAACCAGCAAUGGCUGCAUUCAUCUCUCAAUGCUCCUUCAACAAAAUUCAAGCCUUACACACUUGGAUCUGGGACUGAAUCACAUAGGAAUCACUGGACUGAAGUUUCUGUGUGAAGCUUUGAAGAAAUCACUGUGUAAACUAAGGUGUCUAUGGUUGUGGGGAUGUGCCAUCUCUCCUUUCAGUUGUGCAGAACUCUUGUCUGCCCUUAGAAGCAAUCAGAGCCUGGUCACUGUGGACCUGGGCCAGAAUUCCUUGGGGUAUAAUGGAGUUUUGGGGCAGCACGAGCUACAGGAAUUUGCUGUAGGCAUCUAG